GAUCUGCACUUCCGUCUUCCGCUGCUGUUGAGUCACGUGUUGGUUUGUGUCGUUUUGGGCUGUUCGGUUCCUCGAGAUAUUCACCAUAAAAGUUUUUCAGCGUUAUUUUUACAGUCUUGUAUUAGGGAUGUCGUCGGUAAUAAAUAUCGUACAAGCGGAGUGCAACGGAAAGGAAAUAGGGGAUAAGGACCAUCCUCGCGUGCUGAUCCCAGAGCUCUGCAGACUCUUCUAUAAGCUGGGUUGGGUGACAGGAACCGGGGGAGGAAUAAGCCUGCGGCAUGGUGAGCAUAUUUAUAUAGCUCCCUCGGGUGUUCAAAAGGAGAGAAUACAACAGGAGGACUUGUUUGUGUGUGAUAUUGACGAGAAGGACAUCAGUUGUCCACCUCCACAGAAGAAGCUGAAGAAAAGCCAAUGCACUCCCCUCUUCAUGAACGCCUACACAAUGAGAGGAGCCCAGGCAGUUAUCCAUACGCACUCGAAGGCUGCUGUUAUGGCGACCCUCAUGUUUCCUGGCAAGGAAUUUCGCAUCACGCAUCAAGAGAUGAUCAAGGGGAUUCGGAAAGGAAACUCCGGUACAAACUACAGGUACGACGACACUCUAGUUGUUCCAAUUAUUGAGAACACCCCAGAGGAGAAAGACUUAAAAGAGCGCAUGGCCCGAGCCAUGGACGUGUACCCCGACUCCUGCGCUGUUCUCGUCCGCAGACAUGGGGUCUACGUCUGGGGAGAGACCUGGGAGAAAGCAAAGACGAUGUGUGAAUGUUACGACUACUUAUUUGACAUCGCUGUGCAGAUGAAACGGUGUGGCCUGGAUCCCUCUGCUCUUCCCACUGAAGAUAAAGGCAUUGUUUGAUACAUUUAAGUCCCUGAAGUUACCAGAUGUUACUUCUAUGAUUUCAAAAUAAUAAAUGCUAAUUGCACUUUUGCACAA